GGUUACGAUGGCGGAAGGGGGAGUAGCACCUCAGCCUCCCAUCAAACGACCGACAAGGAGGCCUUUUUCCGAUGUACCACAAGGGGCCUCAUUCACUGAUUCUGAUCAUGCACCUACAAUUUCGUCCAUACCGAAGAUUCCAGCCCGGCCAGCUCCGUCCAUUCCUGGUGGUAGGGCACCUCCAAAGCCCCCUGACCCUGGAGGAAGGGUGCCCCCAAAGCCUCCUUCUAAACCACCUGCCACAUCAGCGCUAAGCUCUCAACCUGUGCCAAUGAGGGGGGAUAGCACCAAAAUGAAAGCGCAACAGACCAAGAUCCCGCCAAGGCCAGCCUCAGUAUCCCUUGACAAAACAGCCAUCAAAAGGCGUCCAGAGAUUACAAUAGUUUGUGCAAGGCCAAUGAGCGAGGUGGGAUUCCGAGACCAGACGCAAAAUUCAAACCAAUCAAAUAAGUCUUCUGCUUCAAGUGCUGAUCAAUCAAAACCAAUCACAGAGGUGAAUUUACGCAACCUACCUCCUGUACCUCCUCGGACUGAUAAAAAGGAAGAAGACCAUAGGAGAGAUGAGAAACUUACAACACGACCUAGUGGCAAACCACCUCUGAUUCCACAGCAGUUACCAAGUCGUGUUCCUCCACCAACCACCUCGCUUCACGCCCCUCCUCCGUCACCCCGCCCAAGGGUUGCAGCCUGGAAUUCGUCAUCACUAUCAGAUAAAAACCCUUCACCUAGUCAGGAGGAAGCAUCUGCUACAAAUUCCGAGAGAUCAGGUGAUACGUUACUUCAGAAGGAACCUCUUGUAGCAUUAAAACCAGUAUCUGUGUGUUCUACAAAGUCACCAGAGGUAAUCUCUCAAUCAAACUCACCGUCUGAUGAUGUUAUUCCUUCAGCUCAAACACAGUUUAAAAAGCCACUUCGUCCCACAAUAAUUCGACCACAGAAGAAAAGUCACGUUCAGAAGCCAAAGGAGGAGAAAUCGUCUGGAACAGAACUGGCAACAUCGAAAGGUGAUGAGCAUGUAAAUGUAAAAGAAGAUAAUACAAGUGCAAACAUUGAGAACACUGAAAAAUCAAGUGUAUCACCUAUGUUGAGGCCUAAACCAAUGGCCAGGGAGAGGCCGAAGUCCAUGUCUAUAGCAGACAGUGUAAAGCGAUUCGAAAUUAAGACAGACUCUCAGGCGAACGUGCCUGUGAUAGCUGGUAAAAAGCCUCCCCCUCCCUUAACACCAAAACCUAAACCAAACGUUCUCCCCAAACCAAACAAGCCGAGCAAUACCUCUCCUUCAGAGUCAACCCCAUCAUCAUCUGUAUCAUCAACCCCUACAUCUGUGGUGGUUUCUCCUGUAGGGACCUCAUCUUCAGAACAGUUGGUGAACUCGCAGCAAUGUCCCGAAAAGAAUGUGCAGAAAAUGGCGGAAGACGUUUUUAAACCAAAGACACAACCAACAAAACCUUCAAAAAGGCCGACGAUAAUUCGUGCACCACCAAAACCGAAACGAUCAAGCGAUCAUUCAUCUGAUGAUGAUGAAGAGGAAAAAGACAUUGUGAAGGAGGAUGAAAAAGUAGAGGAGAGUGCACCUGUUGUUGUGGUCAAACGACGAGUGAAAGCAACAACUGAUGAUAUCCUAGUCACUAGAAGCGAUAAAGCACCGCCACUCCCCAAUAAACGUCCUGUAUCUAUAGCAGGGAUUCCCCAUGGAUUUAGUCUACCAAGUAGUGGCCAAGAUGAAGCAAAUGAUCUAGUUUCAAACAAAGAACAGUUUAGACCUAAACCAGUAACUCGUGGUUCUGUCGCUCAUGAGGCCCCUGAUCAUAAAAGUCACGGAUCACACCGCCCAAAGAUCAUUGGACGACCUCCGCCACCAGUUAUAAUAAAACAAGAUCCUGAGGAAAAGAAGCCAAGCAGACCUGAAGUUCCCAAUACCAGUCAGAGACCUAAAUCAGCAGUGUGUGAUAGUCGAUCCAGGAUGGACGAACCCAGCAGACUGUUACCUUCUCUAGGGGGUCAUCCUCCCCGUAGGCCUACAAGUUUUGAUCCUAAACUCACUGCCACACAAGGGACUUCAAAACCUCCCUUGGGCCGGCCCCCUCCCCCAGCACCCAGAGAGAGGCUGACGAUCCCCGGGGAAUCUGACGAUACAAUCAAGGAUAACAAAAAGGGAAAAAAAGAGGGACAACCGUCUCCAACAUUGGCCCCUAAGCGCCCACCAGCAGCAUCGCCCAGUAAAGUUAACUCCAGGAGCAGUGUCAGACCAGAUAAACCACAGCCACCAAGACCAGCCUCCAUGAGGCAUACAAGCUUGCCACACCCACUUCCCGCUGGGAAGUCCUCCUCGCCACCGAGGCUUCCGACACGCCCAACCCCCGGGCACCCAUUGUACCACUACAUGGAUAGGAUGCCCCAUGGGAUAGCUCUGCAUAACUUUGAUGGAGUAGAUGAAGGGGACCUCUCUUUCAAAGCGACAGAGAGGGUGCUGUUGGUGAGUCAGAUGGAUGAAUCUUGGCUGCGAGGGAAAAUUGAUGAUCGGGAGGGCAUCUUCCCCGCUGAGUUUAUACAGAUCGUCGUACCUCUGCCCAACCAGUCUCCUCCUGUAGGACCAGAUAUAACUGACAGGCCAGUUGCUGCCUGGGGUGACGAUGAUACACAGUCACUGAAAAAACCAGAUCUGAUUGGUCAGGGCCCCAGGUGUUGUGCCCGGUUUGACUUUGAUGGUGAAGGAGAAAAUGACCUUCAGUUUGAAGAAGGGGACUAUAUUCGUCUCCUGGACAAGAUAGGCGAUGAGUGGGCUGAAGGGGAGAUAAAUGGCUGCAAGGGAGUAUUUCCGUUAGUGUAUGUUGAGAUUAUAGAGGAUCUUCCAACAAAGACGAGUGAGGCAGAGCACCUUCCUCCACAGAUGUCAGAGGUUCCUGGAAAUUCUCCAGGUCAUUUGUCAGAAGACCUAAAACUAGAACCAUCUUCAGAGGUUGAUGUUGCCACGGUGAUGUACAACUUUGAUGGAUCUGAUCCAGGGGACCUUCCUUUGAAUGUCGGAGACAUGGUGAAGGUCAUUGGAAUUGUUAAUGAGGAGUGGCUAUAUGGACAACGUGGAGAACAGCGAGGACAAUUUCCAGCAAAUUUUAUUGACUCAAUUCCAAAUAAUCUGCCUCCUUAUGACCCAGAGGUAAAACCUGUGACACAAAAUACAGUGAUUGAAAGUUCAAUGGAAGAAAAGAGUGAUCUGCCCUUGUCUGAUGUUAUAUACUGUGUCGCUCUUCAUGCUUUUAACGGUGAAGGGGAUGACGAGUUGAGUUUUUCUGAAGGAGAUAGAAUCUUAGUGCUGGAGAAUCUGGGUUCUGAUUGGUGUAAAGGAAAGCUGAAUAACAAAUGCGGAAUUUUCCCAUCAACCUUUGUAGAAAUGGAAAAGAAAAGUCCAGGUAAUCCACCGCCAGAAAAACCUGCAGAUGUUAAACUUCCGGUGCAAUAUGGAGUAGCCUUGUAUGAAUUUGAUGCCAUGGAAAGCAACGAACUCAGUCUGAAGGUCGGAGAUCGUGUUCUGUUGGGUGAUUUUGCGGCGGACGCCUCAGACUGGAGGUGGGGCGAGUUUGGCGGUCAUAGCGGAAUAUUUCCUGCAGCAUUUGUAGAGUUAGAAUCAUAAUGCUGGUUUUAUCUCCCAUUAAAAAUUAACUAAAAAAGGAGCUUUUGAAUGGGAAGGCUGUGACUGUUUAAAAUGGAACAAAAUGGCUGUGACUGUUGUUUACCUCAUGUUCAAAUAUGCAUUUUAAUCUCUACGUUUACAUGCUUAACAACAAGAAAUGCAACUUUAGCAUUUUGAGAGUUAUUUUUGGUUCCUGUUGCAUUUUUGACACCCUAAUAACCAGGUGAUGGAACAGCCAUUUUGUGGGGAUACAUUUUUUACCAUUUCCCACAAGAGGCUGGACAACAAUCAGAUUUUAUAUCAGAUUCGAUUUAUAGACAACAUAAUUGGAGCCAGAAAAAAUGACAUAAAAACCCUGAAUAGUUUCCACCAGGAAAAAAACAAAUCUAUUUUUAAUGUUCUAUAAUAACAUUUUGAAUAUUCAUUUCGAGCAAUAAUAACGGAAAUGUAUAUACAUAGUUACAUUAUGGAUGAUCUUUAAGACUCAAUUUGGAAAAGUAAAAAUAAUAACCAUGACAGAUAUCUACUGGUAUACAAAUAGAAUGGUACAUGGUAUAAACAAGUUUAUAUCGUAAUAUACAGGGGACUCAAAUUACCUGUGAUACUUUCUCUUUACCCAAAUGAAUUUGCAGACUCACGUUUGUUGAUUAUUUAUUUGUUAUUCAGUGGAUAUUACACAUUAUUUCAUAGGCCGAACCCCAUUAACUGGUCAAAUAAGAAUUGCUCUUGAAAAUAGGUCAUCUCUCUUAAAAAAAAUAAAAGUCUGUGUACAGUGCCUACAAAAAUAGAAUACUAUAACAGCUAAGGAAUAGGAGGGGGAAAUAUUGCCUUACUGGCAAGCUAGCUUUUCCAGUCAUGCGGUAUAACCCGGGGACCCACUCACUAGUUCAGCAAUGUCAAGCGUGGUCAGCAGCUGGAUGGGUGACCACCCGCACGUUACAAUACACUGAAAAUGAUAUUUGGAAGAGAGAAAAAAAAAAUGUUCUUUUUUCAGUUCA